AUAGAGCCAAGACCUCGACCGAAGUGGGGGCCUCUCCGUAAGCAACAUGGACCCACUAGCCACGCGCGUGCUGCUGUUCAACAUACUAAACCCCGCAUACGCCGUGAACGCAGACAUUAUACAUCAGAUAUGCACCCCACACGGAGCCGUGUGCAAGAUAGUUGUGUUUACUAAGACCGGGCUGCAGAGUCUGGUAGAGUUUGACUGUGUGACUGCGGCCAUCCGCACCAAAGAGGCGCUGGAGGGUGCGGAGAUAUACGCGGGUUGCUGUGAACUAAAGAUAGAUUUCUCGAGGACGCCCGAGCUGAAUGUGCGGUUUAACGAUGAGAUGCACCGCAACUACACGGGACAACAAAUGCCUGACCAACGAAGACCCUCAUUCAACCAACCCCCCCCCCCCACG